GAUUUUUAACUGUUGCAGAAUAGUUGUUGCAAAGAAUUCACCAUGAAUGUUCAGUUUAAGUUAGUAUUAGGGUUACUCUCGGCUCUAGUUUUCGCUGAUGGAUAUAAAUGUCCAAAUGGUGCAGAUAUUUACAACAUAGGAAUGAAUAAUUGGGAUAAUCAAGCAGCAGUUAAUGAGCACAAUCGCUAUCGCAAAAUGAUCUUAAACGGCAGAGUAAAUGGCCAGCCACGUGGCAAAAACAUCCCCAUGCUGACCCAUGACAAUAACCUCGCCUAUGGCGCUCAAGAAGUAGUCAAAUCCUGCGAAUUAAGACACAAAGAACAACAGGAUAGACGCUUUAGUAUUGGUGUUGGCCAAAACUUGUACAUUUCUUGGUCAUCUGUGCAGAAUACAACGAUGGAUUGGCAUGAAGCAGUGAAGAGUUGGUUUGAUGAACAUAGAAACUAUAGAUAUUCAAAUGCAUCUGGAAAUGCUCUACAUUACAGUCAACUUGUUUGGGCAAAAACUAAAGUAGUUGGAUGCAGUUUCAGCGCGUAUUAUGAUUGGCAAACACCGCAGUUGCCUUAUGCGAGGUUGUAUGCUUGUAACUACGGUCCUGCUGGCAACGUGCACGGCGAGACUCCUUAUGAAAGAGCAUAGGUCAAAUUGCAUUCAAUUUAUUUGUGACAUGUUUUCCAGUAAUAAUAAAUAUUAAAUUAAAUAAAUAAAA